AGUAAAAUACUCCUUACCUACCAAGAGGCUACACCGGCACCAUUCUCGAGGGAAGAAGAGAGAGAGAGAGUCAUUUCCCGACAAUCGUCGACGAAGGAAGUCAGAUUCCUACGAAAAAUGACGGACCAGAAGUCUGAAGACGGGCUUCCGCCGGGUUGGACCGUGGAGGUGAGGGUGAGAAAGAACGGCAGAAGAGAUAAGUAUUACUUUGCUCCCUCAAGCGGACUGAAGUUCGAUUCCAGGGCAAAGGUGUUUCGCUAUCUGAACACUCCAGAAGUCCGAAAUCCUAGGCCAAGAAAGAACAUAAAAGGCACCCGCAAGCGAUCUGCAAAAAAGGUUUUAGUUGAGAAAGCUAUAGCAGAAGGGUUACCUCCAGGAUGGAUCAAAGAAGUCAAAGUAACAAAAAAGGGUCGUAAGACCAGAAGAGAUGCGCUCUACACUGAUCCUGUCAGUGGAUAUAUCUUUCGCUCAUUGAAGGAUGCUUCUCGCUAUGUUGAAACUGGGGAAUUGGGUAGGCUUGCAUACAAGCCGAAGGACAUGGGUAUAGUUGGUGUGGAGUUGGAAGAUGAUAACAUCUCUUCACCUGCUGUUGCAAAGAAGCAGAAACCAGAACCCAGCAGCACAGAGGAACAGAAAAUUUGCGAUCAGAGCCCAAAGUUGGAUGAGAAGGUGCAGUAUGAACAGAUACUUAAAUCUGUCCUCUCUGAAUGCACUUCUGAUCAGUGUAAGCAGGAAGGCCUGAUUUCAGCAGCCUGUUCUAGCAUUCUUCAGCAGUAAGAAGUCUAAAAUGCUAAUGCAGAAUUACAACAGCAAGAUUCUGAAUUUCUGAACGCCAUCUAAGGUUAUCUGCUAAUUGUUCAUUACUAUGCUGCGUAUGUAUUGUGUAAAACCAUUUGCGGCUUACGGUUCAUAGCCGACGAAAAGUCGCAGAUAUUGCAUUUGAUGCAUUCUCCCAUCAAUGCACUACGGAGUUUGUUUCUUUGAUAAUCGAACAUAUACUCUCCUCGACUCCUUGUUAUCUUCAACUUCAUGUUCUUCUCCUGUAGUUCCUCAUUAUUAAUAAUAAAACAAGUCUCAGACUUUGUAACUUUGGUUU